AGUAUUCAAAUAAUUCAUUUAAGAACUAUAUAUUAAAAUAGAGCAAAGAAUAAUAUUAUACUUUAGCCAAAUUUAGCAUGGAGAUAAAUGAGGAUAUUGUCAUAGUUGGUGCUGGAAUUGGUGGACUUGCCACUUCUUUGGGACUUCACAGGUUGGGAGUAAGGAGCAUAGUGUUGGAAUCAUCUGAUUCUUUGAGAACAUCAGGAUUUGCACUUGCUUUAUGGACCAAUGCUUGGAGGGCAUUGGAUGCUCUUGGUGUUGGAGACUCCCUUAGACAAAGGUCUCUCCACUUUACUAGAUUUCAAGCAUUUUCAGCUAAUUCAGGCUUGCCUACUGCUGAAAUUUCCCUUGAGGCAGAUAACAAACCAAUUGAUUAUGACAGCCGUUGUAUAAAAAGACAAGAGAUAGUGGAAACUUUAGAAAAAGAAUUACCUCAAGGAACUAUUAAAUAUUCAUGUCGUGUUAUUUCCAUUCAACAAUCUGGACUAUACAAAUUGGUGCAUCUUGCCAACAAAACUAUUAUUCGAACCAAGGUGUUGAUAGGAUGUGAUGGUGUGAAUUCAAUGGUGGCCAAGUGGAUGGGCCUUCCAAAACCAAUUGAUGCAAAUCGUUCAGCAAUUAGAGGAUAUCUUGAGUAUCCAAAAGCCCAUGGAUUUGAGCCCAAAUUUUGUGCUUAUUUUGGUGGUGGAGUUCGUAUUGGUUUUCUUCCUUGUGAUCACAAAAGUUUGUACUGGUUUUGCACUUUUACUCCAUCUGAUGUAGAUUAUGAUGAAAAAAUUGAAGGAAGUCCAACAAAAAUGAAGCAAUUUGUGUUGAGUUUGGCUAACAAUGUUUCAAAAGAAGCCUACAAUAUCCUUGAAAGAACUUCACUAGAUAGCCUAUAUUGUGCAAAAUUAAAAUUAAGAACCCCAUGGAACAUUUUAAUAAAAGAAAAUAUUGUGAAAAACAACACUUGUUUAGUUGGUGAUGCUCUUCAUCCAAUGACACCUGAUAUUGGUCAAGGUGGAUGUUCAACAUUAGAAGAUAGUGUUGUUCUUGCAAGAUGCAUUUCAAUGGCUAUUUUUGCAAAAAAUUUAGAAAAUGAUGAUGAUGUUCAAUUAUGCAAAAGAAUUGAAGUUGGUUUAGAGAAAUAUGCAAAAGAGAGAAAAUGGAGGAUUUUUAAUCUUAUUACUACUUCAUAUUUGGUUGGUUUAGCACAAGAAAGUAAUGGGAAAGUGAUUAGUUACUUAAGGGAGAAAUUCUUGGCUCAAUUCACUAUUGAGACUAUGUUGAAAAUGGGUGAUUUUGAUUGUGGGAAAUUAUUGUCAUAAUCUUGUAUUUUGUUGAAGUGAAGAUGUGGAGUACUUGUGAUGAUUUGCUUGUUGAUUUUAUGAUCAAUAAGAAAUAAUAAUUCGGCGAUUCUGUUACAGAUGUUGUAUCUGUUGUUGUUUUUAGUAUCAAAAAGACUAUUGUAAGAACUCAAAUUGAUUCAGUUAUAGAAAUAGCGUCAGAGACAUCUGUUGUCAUUUUAAGUAUCAAAAAAACUAUCGUAAGAACUUAUCAAGAUUGUAUUAUGAAUUAAGUCCUAUUAUUUUUGUUAGCAAGUAUUAUUAGAAUUAAGGUUGUGAUUGUUGUCAUUUGUAUUUUGUUGAAGUGAAGAUGUGGAGUACUUAUGAUGA